AUUAGCAUUUUUUGCGACACCUUGGUACAUGAGCGGGACCUGAUCAACCCCUCCUUCUAUCAACGUCGCAGCCUGACCGCAAACCCAUUCCGCUGCUCAACGACCCGUGCUCCAGACCAGAUUUCCUUACGGUUCAACAACCCACACGCUUGACACUCACAGACCAAGCCACACGCAUCCGUCAUCAUGUCAACUCCCAACUUCGAAGAGGUCGCGAAGCAAUUCGUCGAGUUCUACUACAACCAGUUUGAUUCUGAUCGCAAGGGACUGACCAGCCUCUACCGCGAGCAGUCCAUGCUCACCUUUGAGAGCAGCUCCGUCCUAGGUGCCACCCCCAUCACCGAGAAGCUGUCCUCGUUGCCUUUCGAGAAGGUCAAGCACCAGGUUUCUACUCUUGACUCCCAGCCCACCGUUGAGGGCGGUAUCAUCAUUCUCAUUACCGGCCAACUUCUGGUGGAUGAGGAGCAGCGCCCCAUGAACUUUUCUCAGACCUUCCAGCUCAUGCGGGACCCUUCGGGCAACUACUUUGUCUUUAACGACAUCUUCAAGCUGGUGUUUGGUUAAGCUUUGGAACGCUUCUAGAGCGUCUCUUUGCCAACAAAAGACGAACUCGCUUGUUUCAGAGCGUUUUUCUGCAGCACAGGACGUGAGGCGAGAGUAAUGGACGCAGAUCAACACAUCACAAAGCAAUACUUAUGCGUUAGGUAUCCAGGUCUGAUAGACUGAUACGAUGCCCAAAGAUCCCC